AUGAAUGCUGAUUUACCUUACUUAUGUCCUCUUUGUAAGUCUGGACAUAAUAGCAGAACUUUUCCUGUGAAAGGAACUGGAAGAAGAGCUGAAAAACCAUAUCUUGAUGAGGAAGAAGCUAGGGAGCAAGAAGCUAAUUGGGAGGAGACCAUGGAGGCUGCACACGCUGCACAUGUGGCAGAUGAGGAAGCCCUCACUCAAAACCAUCCACAAAGUCAGCCUGAUAAGAAUAACUUGGCUAGUCCAACACAUGUUGGGAACACUACAACAAAUGUUGCACCCCCUAAUGUAGGCACUAUACCAGCAGCAACCAACUUGGUCCAUCCAACACCUACUUCAGGACCAGCACCAACUCCAAGGAGGAGGGGCAGACCAUCUUUUGUAAAGGGCAAUCCAGUUUCACCAAGAGGAAGGGGCAGAACCACUCCAACUCAAAAUGCAUCAGCUGCACCAUCACCUCCUGCUCAACCUAGGGUUGUCAGGCCUGAUCUUGGGUCUAGCUCCCAAAUUCCUGCAUCUCCAUCCAAUGCUGCAGUCCCAUGUAGUGGGUCUGGGUCAAUGCCACAGGGUCCAUUAGUGAGGCCCAAUCUUCAGGCCCAACGUACAGCACCAUUUAGGCCACCAACUGUGACUAGGGAGACCAUGGCAGCAGCAAGUCCAACCAUACAGAGCAGGUUCACUGGCUUCAUGCUCACCCCAUCCUUGAAGAAGAAAAAGCCAUCUGGACCACCACCAUCAAAUCCAUCAACAAAUGACAAGAACUGA